AAGCAGCCGGCACGUCACACUCCCCUCCGUAACCCCAAGUUCCGCUCAAACUAGCUGUGGAUGACACUUAUUCACAAUGCUCAAAGCAUUAGGAGAUCCUUAUGUUGUCGCUAAAUUCCAACAGACGUUUGGUCUAAGGAGGGUGGACGAAAAAGAUGACCUCUCCAAGAUGCGUGAUCAGAACGACUCCUCGUCGUUAGGAAAUGGACAUGUUUCCGAUGGAUAUUCUACACACAACAACCAUCUUCUCACGAACGGUUCAAAUCACGCCCAUCAGCGAAACGGAUUCGUCAAGCCUGAGCCACUAGAGAAGUCCAAAUCAGCUGGCAAGGAAAAGAAAAUAGGCCAGCAGUACGAGUGCAACAGAUUUUUCCACGCGCUUUUCGUGUUUGGUUCAACUCUGGGCUACGAGUCGUUUUAUCUCACAUUUUUUCCUUUCUUGAUUUGGAACAUUGACGAAUAUCUGGCUCGAAGAACUGUUAUUUUAUGGGCUGUUAUUAUGUACCUAGGCCAGAGUGCCAAAGAUGUCAUUCAGUGGCCAAGACCGCCAUCUCCUCCUGUGAUUUCUGUGGAGAAACGUUUCCAAGUGGAAUAUGGCAUGCCGUCGACCCACGCGAUGGUGGGGACUAUUAUUCCGUUUUGUUUGGUGUAUUUUAGUUACGAUCGUUACCAGGUAAGCUCAUUUUUGUCGUGGUUUGUACCUGUUAAGUUUAUUAAUAUGUUAAGGGUUAGCUCCUUGUACACUUGUUGUUGCAAUCAGACCAUGUAAAUAUGUCACUUGAGGUGGGAACAUGCUAAUCAAAGAGAUAAUUGUCCUAACAUCGUUCGUAACGAAUCGAUGGCUUGCUACACUGUCAUGUUAAUGACCGUUUUAUGCAAACGUAAACUGGCGACCGUAAGGAGUUUCAGUGCAUAACUUCUUGGAUGUCAGGAAGUGAUUCAGCUCAGAUCAGACAAAGUUCCUGAAUAUUUUGAAAGGCAAAUUUGAGAGAUCGGUGGAUCGCUUGUGGUGCUGCAUUGGUGGGAGAGUAUAACAGGGUAAUUAGUAUUAUCAAAUAAAAUGAUAACAUAAAUUGGCGACUGUAAGGAGUUUCAGUGCAUGGCUACUUGGAUGUCAAGAAGUGAUUCAGCUCAGAUCAGACAAAAUUUCUGAAAGGCAAAUUUGAGAGAUUGGUGGACCACUUGCAUCAUUUUCUUGAUAGCAAGGUGCUGAUAAGGAAAUAAAAAAUGAUCCCUGCAAAAAUUAGUGAAAUCAAGUACUGUCUCCAGUGUCAAGUGAUGUGCUCUAAUUUGCCUCAUUUUGUGUACAAAAUACUUCAAGCUCAAAUGCAGCCUUUAACAAUACAAAUUGCAUUUUGCCUUUAUUUAAAAAUGCUUUACAAAUUGCUAUCAGAGUAUCUUCAUUGUCUUUGAAAAGAAGCAUGAACAAAUUUUGAGUUCCUCCUUGGAAUUUGCAGUUCCAGAUUACAAGGAAGUUGGACCAGGGUGAUAGCAUUUAUAACCUUAUUUUCCAAGGAAUUCUACCAGCAAAGUCUUCUUGUUACCCCAUCUUUUAAAAGAGAUAUUUAUCAAGGUUCACAAUUAUGUAAUAACAUAAAAUUCUACAAUCUAAUAGAUUAAAAACAAAACAACUGACUGUUGUUCACACAUGGAUUUUAUUUUUGUUGUAGUAUCCCUUAUACAUUGGUGUUAUAUUUGGAAUAUGUUGGUGUGUUCUGGUAUCAACCAGUCGUCUGUACAUGGGAAUGCACACACUGCAGGUAUAUACAUUUAUUUUCAAAUAUUUCAUUGUCAGCACAAGAAUGUGAUUUCUCUAGUCAAGAGGGAAAGUCGUCUCAUGCUUCUUGUUUUAUAGUGUUCCUGUUCCCUCUCACUUUAAGAGUUGAUAUCAAUUUGGAACCCUUGUCAUUGUUACCUUGUAGAAGAAGUUACCAGGUGUAGCUUUGUUCACAUUAGCUGUUUAUCUCCUAAAAGUAAUUGACAUGUAAAUUCUCCUUGUAAUUCUAACAGAAUGUAAACAGAUCGUGAGAACAGAGAAGCUUAUCAGAAAGAGGGUGUUGUUUUGGAAUAAGACCAAAUUCCCCUGUCUAGUUCACUUGGAAGAGUUAAUGGCAACAAGAAGGGAGAAUUAGUAUUGGGAUCUUUAGAGCUCAAGUUGAAGGGUUAGCCCUUUACACCCUAACUUCAGUAUGCACAUUCUCCAUACUGUUUUUAUACAUUUCCUAAGGUGCUGAGGAGGAGAAUUUGUUUAUUAAUCAAGAGAAUAUUUAGUUUGUGAUCAUUUCCUUUAUUCUCGUGACCUAACUGUGUGAUGCAUGGGUUAUACUGUUGGGAGAAAUAAGAUGCUAAUCAGUCUCAAGGGUUAAAGGAUUAAGAUGUAAAAAGAACUUGUGACUCUCACUUGGUAUAAUUUAUUUAAUGAUUAACUUCCAAAUGUUAGGUCAAAAAUAAGAAAUUUCAAAACUUGAAGACUUUGGAUUUUGGCUUGAGUCAAAUGCCAAGUCUUAUGAAGUGGCAUAUUUAAUUCCUAAUCUUUAAAGGGAGUUUGAAUUUUCCAAUAAGCAGGAAACAUAACAGACAAGACAACCCUUCAAAUUAUUUUUUAAGUGUGUGGAGGCAGCAUGGCUGAGUGGUUAGGGUGCUGGACUUGUAAUCUGCUGGUCCUGGGUUCAAGCCCUCCACCCUGUUACUCACUGGAUUUUUCCUUGGUUGCCCUGAGUUCAACUCCUCAGCUAUGCUGUGUAAGCAGCCAACUGAUCUGUCCACUGCUAGUUGGGAUUUUCAAGCACUUUAUGUUUAUUUGAAACAUUUGUUUCUCUCUUUGCACGUAUGAGCAUAAGUAAAUGAAUAUGUUCAUGUUAUAAAUAUUAAAUUUAUUGUUAUUUUUAAUAACUGUCGUGGUUAUUUUGAUUUGUUAAUUUUGUUGAUUGCUAUGUUAAAGUUUAUUUUUUCCUUUGAUCAUGAAAAGGAACAUGUCUGUUUGAUUAACCCUUUAACCUCUGGGUGUGAUUAGCAUCUAUUUUCUCACUAAGGUAUCACUGCUGAAUCAAACAUAAGGCUAGUGAGAAUUAAGGAAAUGAUCACCAAUUAAACAAACUCUUGAUUGCCUAACAAAUUCUCCUUGUUAGCACGUAAGGAAAUGUAUGAAAAACAAUUUGGAGAAUGUGCAUAUUGAUGUUUGAGUGUUAAAACAUGGCAGGGGUAGAGAGAAAGAGCAAUGGAUUUGAUUUGCAUUUUGGUAAUUUGCAGGAUCUUCUUGUUGGCAUUGCAUUUGCUGUUGUUUUACUUGUCACUGUGAUUCCACUUCUGGAUGUGUCUAUUGACAAGUGGGUGUUCAGUUCUCCAAACACACCAAUUUUUCUCAUCGUGGUUCCAAUGAUCAUGAUCCUCAUGUAUCCAUCACCACCAAAAUACACUCAGACGAAAGCAGAUACUGCUACCAUUAUAUUUGGAGCCUGUGGAGCACUGCUUGGUACUUGGGGAAGGUUUUACUUUCAAGGGGUGCCCGACCCUUACCAAGGGGCACCAUACCCAAUCCGAAUUCCUGGUUAUGAGGAGAUGCUUUGGAUGAUUGGCAAGUUUUUGUUUGGUGUUGGAGUGAUUAUUCCAACGCGUGCAGUGAUGAAGUCAACAGUACAUGCAGUUGUGCCAUGGCUUCUUGCAGAGACUGAUCCAAAGAAGAUGAAAUCUGUUUCAGAAAUCCCCCAUCGUUUCCUCACAUAUAUAACGGUUGGCUUCACUGCAGUGUUCUUUGUUCCUCACAUUUUUGCUUAUGUUGGAGUGUGACCAUCUCACAGUAGUAGUUCUCUCUGAUUACUAUUGAAGUCGUGGAUCAAUGUCAGUAUCUGAGCAACAGCACCCCUAACCCUCCCUUAACCUGAUAACAGACAAGUGAUAACAAGUUAGGGUUAAUUUUCAACUGGGGAAGGCAUAGACACGCAGUUUUUCAGAUACUGGCAUUGAUCUGAAGUCAUCAUUCAAGGAGUAAAGGUAUAAUUGAUCCUUAACCUUGUAAACAAAAUUUUCAUUCUGUGCUACUGUGAGAUAAAAGAUGAGAAUCUUGGAAUUUCCUUUUAUUGAAUUUGUAGUUAUACUCCCAAAGAAUUGCAUUAACAAAGAGCCAAAAAUAUAAAUAUAAAAGCCAAUGUAGCUUAGGGCUGGUAAGCAGCAUGGCUAAAUAUUUGGUUGAAAACAUUGAUGACAUUUAUCAUCAGCAAUUAUAGGCUUCAGAUUUUGUGGAAUGUUUACCAGCUCUCUAUGGUACCAAAAACUGAUGGUCUUACAAAUUGUUGGUGUGUUCUGUAAUCAAUGACUGGCACAUGGUAAAGCUGGAAUCUUUUUUUAUCAAAAGAAAAAGAAAGCAGAGAAAAUUUCAAAACUUGCCCAGGAGCUCAACUGCCCAGAGAUUCCACUGCAUAUAUUUUUCAAGGUCACCAACAACUUCUGUUUUGGUUUAUUUCAUCUUGAUGGUAUUCAUGUUCUGCUAAAUUAUUUUUCAAUGUCACAUCUUUUAACUUCAGAGUAAUCCUAUAAACUUUAUUUAAACCAAGCACCAUGUUGAACAACUAGGUAAACACAUUUCCUAUGUAGCCAUGUGUCUAUACCUUGACAGAUCAUUUCAACAAAGACCAAUCACAGAGUGGGUAAAAUUCACUUCGCUUAAGUGUAUGAACAUGUUACUAAGCAACAUAAAUAUAUCAGAGCUGUCUCAUUAUUUAGUAAAUCAUUAUUAUGAUCAUCAUGUAGGCAUAACAUCAGCUGCAGAAAAGGGACUAAAAAACAGAUAGCGACGAUGUUAAGUGCAAUGUCUUCAAUUUUUCUGCAACACAAACUUUCCCAUUUCUUGGCCUCAAAAAAGUAACCUUUAAGUAAAUGUCAUGAGCUCAUUAAUAAGAUUAUGGUUAGGUGCAGUUGGCCGUUCAAAAUAAUUUUGAAGUGUUAAAUUUAUUUUUUAGGUGAAAUUGUGGAAGGUUUUCUCGAAGAACAAUCUUGAUAAUUUUCCAGAUGAAUGAUUAAAAGACAUACUCUCCUACAGUUCUAAACACAAUAUCAUCCAUACUAGUUGUAGAAAGGGAAUUCAAGGUGCAAGGGAAUUGUAGAGGUGUCAAAGUUGAGCUGUAGCUGAUUUCUGUGUAUAGUUGUAACAAUUUUUUUAAGUUUUUGGACAUAUUUUUUCGUUUUUUCUUCCAAAAAACUAUUCUUAUGCAGGAAGCAAAAUACCAGAAAAAUAUAUUUUGGGUAUUACUAAUGGUUCAGGAUUGAUGUCAAUGACAACUGUCAUUUUCAUUGUCUAGUUAAAAAAUGGCCUCACUCAACAUUGUUCUCAAAAGUUGUGCCCCAAAAUAAUUUUUUAACUAUUUGCCUUUGUUUUGCAUUAUAAAAAUACUCUUUUGGGUAAGGUAAGGUAAGGAUUUUCCAAUUAAUGUUUUGGUUACAUUCCAUAUAAAAAUGUGUUUCAAGCUUUGUGAGUUUCAUAUUGUAUUACAUCCUGACAUGUAUUUAGUAUCUGUUAACUUGUCAGAAUUGUUUCUGAUGAAAAGCUAUGUAAAUAACAAGAGUUGCUUCUAUUUUACUAGACUGUGCUGUGCACUGCUAUUAAUAUCAAAUCUUUAUUUCUUUCUCUGAUAAUGUAAAGAACAAUGAAUUUUUGGGAAGAUUUUAGAGAUAAUCAAGCCUAGUUCUUAGCCUUUUUCUCUUUGGUGUUAUCACUGCACUCAAGGAGAAUAAGGAUCUGUCAUGAUUGAGUAGGUUCUAGGUUUAACCCCUAAUUCUGCAUGAUUCCCAUUCUUGUUUUAAGUAGAAACUUUUUCUUGCAAAACUAGUUGAGCAAACUUAGUGUUUUGAAGAUAACUAUCUCAGACUGAAGAGUUUAUUUACUCUUAUUAUUUUGCCAAAGGAUGUAAUAAAUUAUAAAGGGUGUUGAGAAACUAUGUGUUGGUCUGUUAUGGCCAGGGACGUUUUAUACAAGCUUUACAAACUGAAUCAGAAGUAGGUACAAAUUAAUAGGGGGUUUUACUAAAUAACAAUUUAACUCUUUUAUUCAAUAUAGUGGGUGCACUGAAUUCUUAGAUUUUUCAAGAUACACUUUGAGUUUGACAAGAAACUAAUGUCAAGUUGUGUUUUAGUAACAUUGAGCAAUUGUGUAAGCUCAGUCAAAAUGUGGUUCAUCUCUGUCAAUAGAUAGAGAAAUAAGAGUAAAGUAAAAUAAAAACUUCACUAACAAAGAUUCCCUGGC